AUGGCAACGCAGUACGAAAUCGAGCACAACAUCAAGCCCGGGCCCUCGACCCAGGAAGGGACCCGCCGCAUCGACAUGUCCUCCUUUACCUCCUUCCUCACAAACCUCACCACAGCCGACGCGCCCUCGGCAGACCGCCACACGAACCCACAUGCGACGCCCACCCCUGUUGACGCCGCCGCUCUCUACCACCUCCUCCAACAGCAGUUCCAGACACUCUUCUCCACCGCCCCCAACGCCGACAACGCCCGCUUUCUGUCGGGCCUCGUCGAAGCCCUCGAGCGCGACAUUGCCAGCCCUCCCACCGAGAUCCCCGGCGUCUCGCAGGAGUAUCUCGACUCCCUCGACCGCGUCCCCAAGAAGUCGCUCCGCGAGGACGAGGCCUGCCCCAUUUGUGCCGAGAAGUUUCUCGACGACCGCUACCCGCUCGUCGUCGAGCUGCCGUGCCACAGCAGCCACCGAUUCGACCUUGAGUGCGUGAGCCCCUGGCUGCGCAGCAAGGGCAGCUGUCCCAUGUGCCGCAAGGACCUGACCAAGAAGAAGCAUCAGAUCGUCGUGCCGGACGAUGACGAGGAGAAUGACGACCCGGAUGGACUGUAUGCAUAG